UCCAGACUCACUGGUGAGACCAGCGGCCUCCUGCAUGAUGGCGUGCCCAGGGUCAGCUGAUCCCCACCUUCCUGUGGGCACCAGAUACAUCUAUCAGUUUUCCACCAACACCAGUACUGGCCUGCAGGGGGACCCAGUGGAGGGGAGCGGCCUUGGCCUCCAAGGCUUGGUCAUCAUCGAUGUGCUGGGCCCAUGCCAGAUGGCCUUAUGGCUCCAAGAAUUCCAGGUGACAUCUAUCCUGGGGUCCAAGGUGGCAGUUCUGAAGGACUCAGAGAAUUUGAGCGCCGCCCUGGGCCGCCACCCGCUGCGCUUUGUCCUGCAGGCAGGGCGCGUGGCCCGCCUGUGUCCCCGCCGCGCAGAGCCGCUCUGGGCGCUGAACGUGAAGCGCGCAGUGCUGAGCCUCCUACAGGGGCUCCCGGACGCUCGUGGCCCCCAGACCCUCGAAGAGGUGGACGUCCUGGGCAGGUGUCCCACCACGUACCAGCCACAGGGUGCCCAACUGCGCAAGACCAAGGACUUGGCCCUCUGCUCCCUGCGCCGAGUGCGCUCCUCCCUGCGCUCCCAGGCCCUGCCGCGGGAGGAGGCUGGCCUGGCCUCCCGCCUCAUCUGCCUCCAGAGUUUCCAGGCUGGUGUGCUGAGGGAGGCCUCCUGCACGGAGCUGGACACUGUGGGGCCCCUCUCGGAGAAGGCAAGUGCUGUGCAGACGCGGACCCUUAACUCGAUCACCCUGCUGCGUGAGAUGUCCCUGGAGUCGGAUGUCACAGUGCUUCCUAUAUCAGAUCCAGAUGAUGGAGAUGUGACUCCAAGCAGCCUGUUGUACGAAUGGGAGGAAACACCGUCUCAGGCUACGGUGGUCAUGGUGGCCGCAUCAGUGAGGAAACUGUGUCUGGCUCAGACCACGAGCUUUGAGGCUGCAGAACUGUUCUCGACGCUGGUGUCCGAGCUCCAGGGCCUCUCCCCAGACGAGCUGAGGACACUCUGGCGACAGUCUUCCUUUAAAUGCCGGGACAACUGGCAGCCGCUGGUGGACGCCCUGCCCUCCUGUGGCACCGAGCCCUGUGUGGGCCUCAUGAAGGACCUCAUCGUGUUGGGGGAGGUGGAGGCGGACGAGAUGGAGGCGUGGCUCUGGUCGCUGGCCUUCGUCCCGCAGCCCACGGAUGCCAUGGUCCACAUGCUGCUGCCUCUUCUGCAGACCUCGGGGACCAGCCCCAGUGCCUUCCUUGGUGUCUCGGCCCUGACGCACAACCUCUGUGCCUCCCUGGACGGGCCCUGUGGACACCUGCCUGGUGUCAGCUCCCUUGUGAGAAUGCUGGGAGAGGCCUUGGGGACCAACUGCACUUUCCGGGAGCCAUCAGACCCUGAGCAGCUCCAGCUUGUGCUGAAGGCUAUUGGCAAUGCGGGCCUGGUGGCCACAGCUCUCACCCCAACGUUAAGUACCUACGCAUCUCAGAGGGACUGCCCCCCUGAGGUCCGGCUGGGGGCCAUCCAGGCCUUCCGGAGGGUCCCCUGCUCUGCAGAUCGAACUGCACUCUCCCAUCUAUACCAAAACCCUGAGGAGGAAGCCGAGAUCCGCAUCAAUGCCUACCUGGCCCUGAUGAGAUGCCCUGGCGAGGCCGUGUUUGCGCAGGUGCAGCGGACCCAGGCAGCCGAGCAGUCCACCCAGGUGGGUUCCUUUGUGUGGAGUCACCUGACACAGCUGCUGGAGACCGGCGACCCCCUGAAGCGAGCUCUCCAGGACGCCCUCCCCGAGGACAUCCUGAGCCGGGAGUUCCAGCCGGAGGCCUGGAAACACUCGUCCUCUUCUGAUGCCACCUUCCGCUCUGUGUCUAGCAGCCUGGGAGCCAACCUGGAGAGGACCAUUCUCUUUUCUCCAGCCUCCUUCCUCCCCCGCUCUGUCACGACCAACCUGACCAUCCACGCUCUAGGUCAUGCCUUCAACCUCCUGGAGCUUGGCCUCCGGCUGGAAAAUGCAGAGAAAAUCGUCCACAGGCUGUUUGGCAGCAAGUCCUUCUGGGGACAGGAAGAGGAGACACAGGCCCAGCCAGAGAAAUCCCCAGAACCGGAACCAGAGCCCACACCAUGGGGAGCCCACCCUUACUGUCCAGGAGAAAGGUCCAGAAAGCUGAGAGACAUACAGCAGAAGGUGGCCCGGAGGCGUGCAGAGCGGCGGGCGGUGCGGUGCGAGCUGAGCGUGAAGGUGUUCGGGCAUGAGCUGAGCUUCAUGGACUGUGGGGCGAUGGCGAGCCGCGUGAACCGGCCGUCCUUGAACCUGGUCGAGCUGGCCGUCAAGCUCCUGAAGGGGCAGGAGGUCCAGGUGACCCGGAGGCUGAACCUAGCGGUGCAGGAGCUCACUUUUCCCACCAUAUCCGGCCUUCCCGCCCGGCUGACCCUCAAUGCCUCGGCUGCCGUCAGCUUCCAAGUCCGGGGGACUGCCAACUUCCAGCACCCUCUGGACUUCUCUGUGAAUGGUUACGUCAAGCCCAGUGCCCUGCUCUGGAUCUCGGCACAGAUGGGUACAACAGGUGUCCUGGGGCGGGCCGGGCUGCAAUGGGUGACCAGUGUCCGUGGCGCUGCCAGCCUGGAUGGGGGGAUCCACGCAAGGAAGGGCCAGGACCUCAAGGUGCAUCUGAACACCCCAGAGGAGGCCGUGGAGCUACUCAGCUUCAGCUCUAAGCUAUAUCUUGUCACUGUGGAUGGCGUGAGGAGCCUCAGUAACGCCCACAACCCUUCAGAGGCCCAGUCCUGUACUGACAAGAAAGCAUCCCAGACCUGGGGCUGGCAGCUGUGCACGGAAGUCACCUGGCCGGCAGCCGGGCAGCCCUACCUGCUCUCGGUGCCUGUGCUCACGGCUGUGACGCUGACGAAGCAGGACCGGGGCCUCCGACAGUAUCUGCUGGAAGCUACCUAUACCUUCCAACCCCAGAAGGACAGCUGGCUCCCUCAGGAAGCUUCGGCUCACCUCUUCAUGGGCACGCCCAAAUCAGAGGUGCCCAGGGACGUCGGGGUGGACGUCAGGUACAGCUUGCCCCAGGGGAAGUUCCGCCUCAAGCUUCUGCAUCCCAGGAAGAAAAUGCAGCUGGAUGGAAAGAUCGAGACUCUGCAGAGCACUUGUGUGGGUCACCUGGAGCUGAUACUGGAUGACAGGGACGUCUACUACAUUAAGGGCCGGAGUGACCUGUGGCCAGCAGCUGGCAGUGAGGCCCAGCGGUUUGAGGCCCAGCUGGAGGGGAAGCUGGUGACGGCAGGCAGCCCUGUGGUCCUCCUGGCGAACCUCAGCCGGCAGGCCGGCCGCAAGUUGGCCUUCUCUGUGUCACUGAGCAACCUGCUGAGCGACCAGGCCCACCUGUCAGUGCGGCUCGAGAAGAAGGCGGAGGACGGGCUGCAGGUGGUGGCCGUGGGCAGCGAGCUCUCUGUGCCUGGUGUGGUGGCACUGAACCUGGUGGGCCUGCUGCGGACACACCGCAGCCUCUGGACCAGCUCCCUGAGGAUUAAGUACGGCCUCCUGGGUCAGGCGAGGCAGCUGGCCCAUGAGUGUAGCACCAGCCAGAAGCUGCAGGCGCAGAGUGGCUCACAGUCGACCUAUGAGCUGGAGCUGGACCACGAGCUCCACUGCACGCAGACCCCAGUCCUCAGCCACAAGGUUCAGGUGCGGCAUGAGGAGGGCGUGGGCUCCCUGCACUCCCAGUUGGAGGCGAGCUACGGCAUGCGUUGGAACGAGAGCAGCGGUGAGAGGCAGCUUCGCAUCAGCCAGACCUUCCAGAACAACUCGGGUCCGGCCCUGAGCAAUUACUUUGUGGAGUUUGUGCUGCAGGUACCUGACAGGCAGGUGAAUUACCGAAUGCAGCUGUAUCACUCAAGCCUUCGCCAGCCACACGUGGAGAGCAGCACACACCUGAAGGUGCAGUACAACGGGCGGCUGCCUCUUGUGGCAGGUUUGCAGUGGAAGGACACGUCUCGCGCUACCCUGUGGAAGUGGGAAGGAGCCUUGAACCUGGACUGUCCGUGGCUGACGGUCACCGUGGCUCACAGGCUGUACUGGCCGCACCGACCCACGUUCCAGGCUGUCCUGGAGCUGACGCUGGGCAAGGCCUGGACCCUCAAGAACCUGGUGAUGAAUGUGGCCUACAGGAACCAGGGCCUCAGCGGGGAGGGCAGGAUCCACAUCUACACCCGGGCUACCACUUACCUUCGGGUUUCCAUGGUAACGACUGUGGCCCAGAGCCUCUUCCGCAGCCGGAGUGAAAUAGAGUCAGCCUGGACUGCCGCAGUGCAGAGCGAGAUCCACGUGGAGAACAGCCAGGACCUUAAGAUACUUCACUGUUGGUUAAAGGGCCCCGUGCAGGAGAUGAACCUAACUGCUGUCUACAGGCACACGGAGCAGCCCUGGAAGACCCACGUGUCGCUGACGGCUCUGGUGACCAGUGCCAGGGGCCAGCCUCGGGGCCUGGAGUUGGAGGGCAACCUGAAGGAGGGGACGCAUGACAGGAGCUUGUACCAGAAACAGGGGACCCUCCUCCUCAGGCACGCCUUGCCUCUGCCCAUCCCGCAGAAUCUCCUCCUGCUGGAGACCUUCACAGCAGAUGGGCAUCACCAACGAUGCUCCCUGGAAACCAGGCUCGUCCUGAACAGCCAAGAGGAGACCCUGCAGACCAUAGUCCUGGGCUACCAGGCCGGACACCCCUACGUCUGUGCAGGCCUGACUCACCCGUACGAUGGCAAGGCCAUCCCCAGGAAUGUGGAGGGGUGCGCCGUGGCUUGGAGCCAGCACGCCGCUCAGAACAGGGAGGUCGAGGCCACUUUGAAAGUCAACCAGAAGGUUGUACUGCACUUAAAGGGUCUGCACCGUGACCGAUCUCAGCGUGGGGAAAUGUGGCACAGCCUGGUGCUGGAUGCAGCUCACACCUCCCAGCUGAGGCUCCCCCAGGCCCUGCGUUUGGAUGGGGACAUCAUCUUCAGAUGGGGUCCCCGGGGAGCAUUUGACAGCAGCCUGGACACAAGGGCCACCAUCAACCACAACGUCACAUCCCAGGUCUCAGUUCAGAUGAACGGAUCUGACUCCCACUUGGCAUUCCUCUUCCAGCUCAGACAUCCCCACAGACCAACAUUUCCUCCAGACUUACAGGUGCAGGCAGCUGCCCGACAAUACAGAGACCACAGCCUCAGUGGCUCCCUGUCUGUACACACUUCCGGCCAGGAGCUGCUUCUGCUGGAGGCCGACACCAGCCAGGACGCCCGGAGAUACAGCUGGGGCUGGAACAUGACAGUCCUCUUCCACCAGGCAGUCUUCAGCGCCCCCCGAGCUGUUCAGCUGCAGCUGUCCAACAAGGUGGCCCCAGCCAGGGUUUGGCUGUUGUAUAAGGUGCUGGUGGACCAGAGCACGGCUCAGCUGCUCUUCAAGGCCUCCGCAGAGCAGAGGGGAGGCCAGCUCCUGACCCUGCAGAGCCACGCCCAGCACACAGUGGCUGGUUGGACAGUUGUGCCCCGCCUCCUGACCGUCAAGGGCAUGCUAAAGCACAAGGAGAUGCUCAGAGAGGGUACCGUCAGGGUCACUGCUGACUCAGCCGUGCUGGGCUUCCUCCUGCGGGACAAGCAUGAGACGGCAGGGAACAGCACCAGCAUACACACCGUGACUGGCAUCCUCACCCAGAACAACAGCCAGGUCUUGCCAAGAGAGCUCUGGCUGAGAGGGCGUCUGCAGGCCCAGACAGGGAGCCUUGGGGGCCAGGCCCGCCUCCGAGCCGAUGAGGCCAGCCUGGCUCUGGGUGGGGUCUGCGCCUGGGGCCCCGGGCACGGCCAGCUCUCGGGUAGCCUGAAUCACAACAUCAGCACCUUGAGUGAGGCAGGACUCCCUUCGGAGGCAGAGAUGCUCCUGUCACACACCCAUGGGGCUUCCGACCUGUCGGCGAGCCUGGCACUGCGGAAUGCAUGGGGUCAGCUGGACGCUGCCCUCAGCCUGGAUGGCCCGGCCCCUGGAGCCCCGGGCAGCCGGCUCCACGCCAGCCUGGCCCACACGGUGCCUGGCCUCGGGCGCUGGGGCCUCCCCUUCUCCGUGGACGGCCAAGGCCACUUCCAGAUCAUGGGACACGGCGUGGUGGCUGGGCUGAUGGCAAGCGUGGACGGCGAGCAGCUCCGUGUGGUCCUAGAGACGAGGCGACAGAGCGGCCACCACGGGCUAGUCCUGGGGCUGCACCACGGCCUCUCAGCGCUGCUGGGCACCGUGCCCGCUCGGCUCUGGGUCAACUGCAGCGGAGACGCCUCUCCCACCCAGCUCUCAGGGCUUUGCAAGGGGGACUUCGCGGGGCAGCCUCUCGAGAAUCUGGCCGUGUUGUCCUUGAAUGGCUCCCUCCUGGUCCGCGCCUACACGGCUAGGCUGGAGGCUCAGAUGACUUCCGGGGACACAUUCGCCCGGACCCACGUCCACACAGCCUGUGGACACCGCCGUACCCACCUGGACGCCAGCCUCCAGCACACAUGGCCUCCCCUUCAGGCUCUGGGGGUUGCCCCCGACAACCACAUCCAGGCGUCUCUAGGAGGACACGAUCCCCCCAGGGCCAGGCUGGAGGUGGCCCUUGGCCAGUGUGCCCUGACCGCGCGUGGGGAUGUCGGUCCUGAGGCCAACAUCACUAACACCAAUUGGACCCUGUCCCUGGUGAACCGCUGUCCUCUGCUGGAGGCAACGGGCAUCCCGCAGGCCCUGCACGCUGAGGGCAGCCUGAGCUGGGGCCCCUGUGAGGUCAGUCUGGCCACGGGCCUCCACAGUGACCGAGGAGAUGCCCUCCUGCAGCUGGCCCGCACCUGUGGGCCCCAGACCUCUGUUGUCGGGCACCUGGUCCACUCCCUGCCCCUGCUGGGCCGCCUGGGCCUGCCCCCCAGCAUCGCCAUCAGCCUGGCUGUCCAGCCCCGCCCUGCUGCCCGCAGCUCCCUGGCCCUCCAGCUGGGGCCGUGCCGGCUACAGGGCAUGCUGGAGCAGCGUGGGAACCAGAGCGUGUGGACACUGGCCACCGAGCCUGGCUGCCCGCUGCUGGAGGGCCUGGGCCUCCCAGCAGGGACGCAGCUAAAUGGCUCCCUGCAAGCCACAGGUGGAGAAGCAGCGGUGUCCGGGGCCCUCGCCUCGCCCGGCCAGACUGCGUCCCUGACCUUGGCGGCGGCCGUGCACCCAUCGGAAGCCACACUCCGAGUGAAACUGAGUCACAUGCUGCCCAUGCUGCGGGCCAUCCCCCCGGAGGCCUUGCUGAAUGUCCAGCUUGGGUGGGCGGCCGGGCACCGGCUGGGUCUGGAGCUGCAGGCGGGGGCCUGUGAGCUGCAGGGCGGUGGCGAGCUGCGCCUAGACCACGGGCUGCACUGGUGGGUGCUGGCUGAGAGCUCCUGCGAGGCCCUGCAGGACCUGGGGUUCCCUGGCCGAGUCAACAGCUCCGGGGCUGUCGCCGUGAACUCUGUGGCUGUGGACGCCCGGGUCCUAGUCGCCGUGAACCACAGCUCGCUGCGAGGACUGCUCACCCUCAAGGCUACCGUGACCCAGCGGGAGGUGGCUAUGUUGCUGGUACACAGCCUCCCCCAGCCCAGCCCCUUGGGCCUCCCAGCCUGUGUCCUGCUGGAUCUGGCCACCGAGAGCCACGGGCUGGGCUACAGACGAACCCUGCAGGUCCGAGUCGACGACAAACAGGUGUUGGAGGAGCUGACGUUCACUCGGCGGCCAGAGCACGUCUCCCUGUCCUACACGCUCCAGCACAACAUCCCCGUGCUGCGGACGCCGUGUCUGGCGGACAAACUGGGCCUGCAGGCCUCUGUGGACGUUCCCAGCAGCGGUUCCAGCUUUCAGCAUUCCGGACGCAUCUCAGCAGGGCCCACGUCCGUGAACUACUCCGUGAGUGGCGGUCACCAUGCGGGACACCUGCAGCUCUCUGGCUGGAGCGAGCACAACAGCGUGACCCUGUUGCAGGCCGGGCUCCCAGGCCAGGCCCGUCUGAGCGCCAAGCUGCAGACACACGAGACCCAGACCCGGGCCAGCGUGGCCCUCCACAGAGGGGAUGGUGGUGUCGGCAUGGACGUGGCAGCCCUGGUGUCCUGGCCGGCGAAUGGCUCCCUGGAGCUGCUGGUGAACGCCAGCCACACGGCCCCCGCUCUCCGGAGGCUGGGCCUGCCCUCGACCACCCAGCUCGUGUUCCAGCAGCUCUGGGCAGAGGAACAGAUGCUGUCUUCCCUACGGCUGACCUGCGAUUCUCAAGCCAGCCUGGUCCUUGACGUGCGUGGCCAGAGCCAGGAGUUCCGGAGAGCGCUGCAGCUGGCCGGCCGGCACAGCCUCCCCGCCCUCCUGGGCCGCUGCCCCCGCAGAGCCUCAGCCUCGGCCAAGCUACAGUACUUGGAGCGUGAGGCCGAGAGCACGAUUUUCUUCGAGGGGGAGGACCAUCAUUUCCAUGUGGGCACCAGGCUGGUGACGACAAAGGCCAGUGUCACCAACACCAUCAGGCUGGAGCAGACCUUCCCCCAGCUCAGAGCCCUUCCCAGGCAGCUGGUCCUGCAGACCUUGUACAAGACAGCCCGCGGGACCCACAUCCUGCACCAGACAGUUCUGUGGGAUGAUCAGGAGGCGGUGCUCAACGGGAGCCUCUUGGGGCCCUUCCCCAGGCCCGCUGGGAACCUCAGCGUCCAGGCAGAGCUCCCCCACCUGCUGCCUCUGUCCCUGUCCCCACCGCGGCGUGGCAGCCUCCGUCUGUCCUGCGAGCACUCACGACACAGACACCGGGACGACCUGGUCGUGGGCUGGGAUGGCAAGGACCAGGUGCUGGUCUCGUCCUCUCUGCAGCUGGGGAAGGGCAAGCUGGCCGGCCGCCUGGCCCUGGCUCACCCCUUCAGCCUCUCCUUGUGGCGCAUCGAGGCCAGCGGCCUCGCUGAGGGCAGGGGUGGCCAGCGGAUCGCAGAGGUCCAGCUGGCCUGGGACAGAGGGCAGCCCGUGACCUUGCACCUCGCUUGGACCAACAGGUCCUCAGAGUUCAGUACCAUCUGGGAUGGCUGCCUGGCUGCCUCCCCGGGGCAGCUCCAGGAAAUUUGGGGUCUGAGUGUCCUCAGGGCCUGUGGGGCCUUAACACAGACCCCAGCCGUGUUCAGCGAGCAGCUCGAUCUGUCCUGGGACCGACGCCGGGUGCAGCAGAACCUGACGUAUGAGAGGCACUGGCCGUCCCAGCCAGACCGGCUCCAUGUACAGGCUGUGCUGGAGCACGUCUUCACCUUCGUCGGCCCCUGCGCCACACACAGCCUCCAGGGACAGGUGGAGACCGACUACACCCACUGGCUGCACCACUCCCUGCACCUGGGGCUCUGCGACCUGCCCAGGGCUCUCUUAGUCUCUGGGGAGCACACCCUGGGCCACAGUGGGCUUCUGCUGCAUUCCCACUGCCAACUGGGCCUCGCCCCGGACCCAGACCAUGGUCUGCGCCUCAACCUGACCGUCCGUGACCACAGCAAGCCUCGGGCACCAGACUUCUCCGGGGAGCUGGAGAUCCUCAGCCCCAAGGCUCAGCAGCUCAGCCUGCGGGGCCAGCUGUCCACCUCGGCUUCUCAGGGCAGCGUCCAGCUGGAGGGAAUCCUGGACAACGGGGACAAGAAAGUGAGGUUGUCGGUGUCCCGGGCCCGGAGCUGCCUCCAGGCCACUGGGGCCCAUGAGGAAGGGCGCCGAGAGGAGAGCGUGCUGCUGCGGGCAUGUGCCCACGGGCGGACGGCCGAGGCGGAGGCCCUGCUCCUGGACGGUGGGCGGCCCGUGCAGCCCCUGGGACGCCUGAGCCUGCAGGCUGCCCCCCAGGUUCUCCGCCUGGCAGCGCACGGCUGCCCCGGAGCCCUGCUGGGCCGCGUGGAGUCCAGGAUCGCAGCCAUUGGGGCCCAGGUGGGAGCCCGGCUGGAGAGGGAGAUCCGAGGCCUGGAUGCCUACGUGGAGAGGUUCUGGCACCUGGUGCGGCCGGCGGGCCCCCCGGAUAGCGCGGUGGGCCCCCUCCUGCGGUUGUCCCACGCAGGCCUGGGGGCCGUGACGGCGAGUGGCUGGGCAGUGGUCACGGCGUGGGGCCAGAGCCAGGCCCGGCAGGCGCUGACACACCACUUGCCCCUCUACCUGGACAGGCUGCAGGCAGGGCUGGAGCAGCUGCGGAACGAGCUGGAACGGCCCCUGGCCACGCUGAAGGACGCCUACCUGGAGGUGACGCCGCAGCCCCUGGAUGGGGUGUGGCAGGAGCGGCUGGAGGGGGCCGUGCGGCUGUGGCAGGCCCUGGCACCCAGGCCCAUCGGGGCAGCCUUGGAGCUGGCCGCCCACCAGAUGCUGUCUUGGGCCGAAGCCACUUUGUCACAGGCCCUGAGGAGGCUCUGUCAGCCCGUGCUGGCCCUGUACCGCUUCUCAGCCAGGGACUGUUCGGUGCUGGUGACUCUGCCGCUGCUGCCCGCGGUAGACGAGCCCCUGGCCGUGGCCCGGGUGACCAGCUACGUGGUGGAGAAGCUGCUGCGGCCACUCCGAGAGCUGUCCAGGACCAACGUGCUGGCUGAGUACUACGGGCUCCGGCGCCGCUGGCUGGAGAGCCCCCACGAAUACCACGCUGUGGUGGCCGGAGCCAGGCACGUGGUGACCUUCGAUGGCCAGGUGUGGAGCCUGGGUGUGCGCUGUGGCCGUCUGCUGCUGGCCAAGGACUUUGCCCGAGACACGUUCUUGCUGACGCUGAACCGGGCCCCCUCGGGGCUCCUGUCCUUGGCUGUGGAGUUGAACCGCACCACCCUGGUCGUCUACCCGAGCCUGCAGACCUACAGGCUCCACAACUCCUCCCGGCCGACACAGAGCUGUCCACAUGUGGGUCCACCUCCUGCCAAGACAAGGACGGACAUCCCCCGGAUUGAGCUGAGCAGUGAGGAUGGCGUUUCUGUCGCCUGUGACAUCCGAGCUGGCCUCUGCAGCCUGACUCUGGGCCUCUGGCUCCACGGGGUGUCUGCUGGCCUUCUGGGCACCAAUGACAACGAGGCGGCCAAUGAGCGGACACUGCCAGAUGGCACAGUGGCCCACAGCCUGGAGGAGCUCGCCCUGGCCUGGCAGGUGGGUGGCGACUGCAAGGCCAUGGAAAGAACUCAGGAGUGCCCUGGCCGGAGCCCCACCUGCUGGGCCUUCUUCCAGGACCCCCGUUCCUGCCUGGGGAACUGCUUCAGGGUGGUGGACCCCGUGCCAUUCCUGAGCCUGUGCGUCCAGGACGCCUGUGGCCCUCAGGAGCUCCACCUGGCCUGUAACCUGGCGGCUGCCUACGUCCACUUGUGUGCCCGGGCCUUCGUGCCCCUGGACCCUCCUCCACAGUGCGUUUGAGACUGUGCCUAGGCCAGCACCAGCGGCCCAAGAUUUCAGCCUCCUACACCUUCUCCCACCAAUCCCAGCUCCUCGGCAAGGCCGGGAUUCUUGGCUGGGCCAGAACCAUUAGCAUGAAACAGCAGCGGGUGGCGACCACAAGUGCUCCAGAUACAGCAAGGGAGGCUCGGAGUCGAAGAUUUCAAAAUACUUCUGGGGACCAUGAAGCUCCCAGCUGGUCUGGAGGAUUCUUUAUGCCUUCCUCGAUACCUGCGCUCUCUCCAGGACACAGCCUGGCCCCCUGGGCCCCGCCUCUGCAAAGGGAACUCCAUUCCAGCAACUGUCCUUGCCCUAGAUGUUUUUCCUCGUGCUUGGCUGCUCUGGCUGAGGCCUCCACGGUGUGAGCCUGGCCUGCCCUGAGGUCUUCCUAGCUUGGCACUGGCUUCCCCUGCCCUCUGCAGCAUCUCCCUUAAGACCUGAGGCUCCUGGAGGGGGACGGAUGGUCCCCAAUUCCUUCAGCAUAAGCCUGGUGGGAGAGUCCCUCUUCGGGGUAAACACUGGAUCUGGAACAGAACUGUUUCGAAGCCUCCUUUUUGAGGGGCUGGUUCCCAGAGAUACCUGCUGGGGGCACUCAGGCCCCAAGGUUAUAGCCUUCAAAGCUGUUCACUUUCUCUGGGAAGGCAAACCUAUCCCUUGAAUUUUUGACCGAAAAAUAAAUCUGGCAGAAUCCCCAACACAUCCACUGGAUGGAUGGGACUAACCGUCCACAGUAAUGAUGGGGGAGGCUGUGAGAUCUGCCCUCCAGGAGGAGCCCCCCCACCCAGGCCCUCUGCGCACAGAUUCCUAAGAUCCUGAUUCCAGAACAAAGGGCAAAGCAUCAGACACUAGGAACGGGUCAACCAGAAGGUCAGAUGCCAGAUACGGUUGUCCCGGCCUCCCCACACAUAAAUAAUACUCAGCACACAGCAGGUGCUCAAUAAAGUUUAGAAGAAGGAACUCUAGAGAGUCGGAGAGUUUUUUGAAGAUGGCUCGAACAGGGC